UCAUCUGAUAACUGUCAGUCACAGACUGAAAAUGAAAAUGAUAGCGAUUCAAAAUUCGUAAAAUUGGGGAUUUUUCGUACUUUUAAACAAUGUUCGGAUACAAUAAUGCAGCAAUUAACACCAAAACAAACUCUAAUAUACCCUAAACAUCAAAGUACAAAAGCUACUUUCGUUCCCAUUUGUUUAAGUGCUAAAUUUGGGGUGAUGUAGUUUCUAAGAAAAUAAAUGUAUAUCUUUCGUUUAAACCUUAAGAGGAUAUCAGUAUGGAUACUGAUAAUGUGUCAGAUGUUCCUAAUUUUAAUUUACUUUUACGCUCAAUUACGACCUAACAAACGAACCCCCCAAUAUGGGAUAAAAUUUCUGAAAAGCGAAGACGAUUUCGGAGACCUUCAAACAACAUAUCACACAUUGAAAAGCAAUAUCAUACUGAAAACUGUGAGCACCAGACAAAGUUAUAUCGAUUUUAAUUCUAGUUUAUGUUUCAAAAAUGGAACUGAUUUGGCUUCUAUGAAAAUUAAUCAAGGCAUAAAUUGGAAAUGUAACUGUCUUCCUGGGUGGCAUGGAAAUGAUUGCGGAUUGCCAGAGGUUUUGUGGAGAGCUGUUUUAGCCAACAAGAAGCCUAUUAAAAUCAAAGGGCCCAGGACCUUUGAGAGAAGAGUGAUUUAUUUAUUCAAAGUUGAUAAAUUUUCGGAAUAUUUGGCGGAUAUUAGAAUCAAUGAUUUAGGUACAGUAGUUGACCUUUUCAUUUUAUAUGAAGACGAUACCACUGACUAUCUGCAAGGAAAAUUGGAUGCCAAUUUUUGUAAAGAAUAUCAGCAUAAAAUCCUUUAUGUCAAAAAUGAUGGAGUUAACUUGUGGAAAAAGAUCAAACAAUAUUUAAAAAACCUAAGAAAUGAUGACAUAAUACUUUCGAGUGAAACAAAUGAACUGCCAAACCGUGAUGCUUUAAUUUUCCUAAAAUUCUAUGACCAUUGGCCUCAACCCAUAAAAUUCAGGUACAGAUGGUCAGUUUUUGGUUUCUUUUGGAUGCAUCCCGGUAGAACCAUAACUGGUGGGGGAGCCUGCACUGUCUCCUUUCUCAAAGAAUCUUUUAGUAAUAAUAUUACACUUCUGACUGACAACAAAACCCUCUCUAGUCCUGUAUAUAAAGGCCUUACUUUAGGUGACCUAAAUCAUUAUGGAGGAUGGUACUGUGACUACUGCAAUGAUCCUGCCAAUAUUGUAGAGUUCUUAGCUAGUAAGCCAACCAAUGUGAUAAACUGGGAUAAGAUUGAGCACCAAAAAAUAGAUAAUAGUUAUAUAGAGGAUCUGAUUGAAAAUGGAGUGUACAUAGAUGGUAAAACAGAACUUAAAAAGGCACAUAAAUAUCAGGAUACAUACUUUGCACCGAAAUUUGUAAUGGAACAUGAUUGGAAAUAUGAUUUUUUACUUAUUAAUUUUUACUCAAAGGCGGACUACUAUGACAUUUAGAUUUUUCUUCCAUUUUUUUUUUUAAGCAAUAAAGGCAACUUAAAAUUUAUAACAUGUACUCUUGACAGCUAUUGUAAGCCUUUAUUUUACUUGUUUUAAGAUUUUAAAGAAUUUUUUCAUGUUUUAGUAUUUAUAUUUAGGUAUGUUUAAAGUGUUUGUGAGCCAUUCUACUUCUAGGUAGAAUAUUUGACCAAUUUUUUUGUUUCUUCUAAAAUUCGAAAUUUUACAAAUCAUACUUAUAUAAAUAACAUAAUUUAAAUUAGAGCUUUAGGUUACUGUUGUUUUUCAGGCCUUGCAAAAAUUAAAUAUAUAGUAUUAAAAAAUGAAUAAUUUUACCAAUGUUUAAUCAUUCUAUGUCAAAAUAUUGAAAAGUGGAAUGGCCUUUAUAGCUUUCAGUGUUGCCUGUUAAGCCUUUAUCAAGUUUUGAGUGAUUAUAUUUUUGUGACAUAUACACGUUAAUGAUUUUAUGUGUCUAGUAAUUGUUAAUCUAGCCAAAUAUUUACUAAUUAUUGUUAUAAUCAUUUAUUUUUAAUGCGACUCCAAUGUCUAAAGAAAUAAAUUACACAAAACAUUUUGCUUUUUUUUAACUAAACACUUACCAAUUAUGCUUUAAUAAAGCUAGCGUUGUAGCAGUAUAGGGAAGCAUAAAGUAAAGACUAAACUGAUGAGCUUUUGGUAGAUUACCAGACAAUUCCACGACAUUGAAAAUAAUAAUUGACAUCGCUAUAACAACACUUUGGCCAGUCUCUAAACCAUUAACGCCUGCUAAAAUAUUUAUAGCAUUUGUGCAAAAUACAGCCAGCAUGCCCAUGUAAACAUAGUACAAUAGUCCAAUAUCUAUGGAAUAUCCAAUUAAUUCCCUUAAAGGUUUUGGUGUUACAAUUGUGGUAGAAUUAAAAUUGACAUAGUAUACCAUCAACAAUGGUAAUGAUGCAAUAGUAGGCAGUAGAAGUUUAUGUCUCCAUCUUAAGUCCAAAACAUCGUCUGCAAAACCGAGUAAUAGCAUGCAGCAUAUUGAUAAUAAGGCUGCCAGUAAUUCCA